AAGAUUACCACUCUGCAGAGUUCAUAAAAAAAGGCUACCAUUAAUAUUUUAAUUUACUUAACAAAAAGAAGCAGAAGGGGAUAAAACAUAUUUUACCAUGUCAGAUUUGAUACUGCGAGUUACAAAGUGCCUGCAGAGUGGUGUUGAUUCGAUCAAUGGAGUUCUACACAAACAGCAGGAGCGGAUGACACCUGAGAAGUGGAAUCAUUAUGUUAAUCAUACUGAAAAAAAAUUUUGGAUUACUGGAAAAAUUAAAAAUUUUCCUGAAGUACAAGAAAUAUUGAUUGACCUACAAGUUAGUGAGGAGGAAGAUGAAAUACAAGAAAUGGGUAGCCCCUAG